UGGGAAUGUUGUGCGUAAAAUACAGACUUCAUUAUUCAGCGUGUAUGUGCAGGUUCCAUAUUCCAAGUGGGCACAUUAAUGCGUUGAAAAUACAAAGAGAUAUUGAUUAAAGUGCAAAUACACAUUGGCUGGACAAUGUUGGGACAGUGUCAGGAUUGGGUGUGUAUAGGUUUGCUAAAAAAUAAUCGCAUGAAGUGAAAUGAAUUAUUUCACAAUGAGACGGUUUGGUUCAUGUUACGAUGAUUGAAUUCUCAACAUAUUUUAAGGCCUACUUUCAGUAGUAUCCGUAUGUGCCAAUAUAUAAAUGGUAUUGUUGUCCUAUUUUAGGCCUAACAAAGGAUACUAAUCAUGGAUAGCUCUUGAAUUAACUGCAGUUAUAUUAUCCUUGGGCAGCACUAGGCCCUAUAGUAAAGCUUAAAUAAUUGUGGCCGGUCGCUGUGAAGUUGAUUGUGUUGUUGUUGGGUAUUUAGUGGUGCGUCAUUUCCCCACUUACAUGGUAUGUAUGACGUUAUUCUGGUGAGUGAUAAUGGUUUAUUAAUAUUGCAUCCAUGUCGAGGCCCCUUAUGAGAAGAAACAAGAGAAAGCCGGAACCUAAGCUUAUUGGGCGUAUCCAAAUACUUUUCCCCAAAGACCCAAUUUCUCUAAAGAGUUACAUUUUCACGCGUAAAAUACGGUUUAUAAUCGCAUACUUUGAAAUGGGAGGUUGGUUGUAAGGAAUACACCGUCCUUCAAAAUCUGCAGAAUACUAUGCCACAGUGGACAAGGGCCUCGAAAAUAUAACGACCAUCGAACCUGUCUGGUGAAACCGGACUUAGUAGUCCAAUUGGCAUACAAAUUGAAUGUUUUUCCUUUCCAAUUUGUGCUCGGUUAUAUAUUUUGGAGAAGCGGAAUCUGCAACAUAUUUUGAAAAAUCAAUAAUACAGGAGGGUUCGUCUGGGAGACUGUAGCACUUGAAUGAAGACUGCGCCGCAAGGGGCGGAGCUUGCCCGUGAACCCCAGCCGCUAUUGGCCCCCACACAGGAAGCAGCCCAAGAAUGCUUUUCUGCUUGAAAAGCCAAUUGAGAACGACCCUUUUGCCUUCGCCAAAACAUGCCCUCGCAAUGUCAUGCUCCCAAAGAUCCGUUUUCACGGCGUCCACGAUUAACUCUUUCAUGAGCCUCGGUCCGAAAAAUCCCCCUCGCGUCGGCUAUCCUGACGUCCAGGACAGUCCGGCUGGCCAUGUUCAACCGGACUGGACUCCUGUGCCAGAACCGGCCCUCCCCGGAGCAAUGAACCACCAGCAGCCGUCGCCGCCACAGGAGUCCAUGGCUCUGCCGCGGCACCACUUCCACGACGCAGAGGUGAGCUGGCGGGAGCCCCACUUGAGCCCGCUGCGUGUUCUGCAGGUGAGCGCGUGCCCUUUUGGCGCUUCCAAAGGCAAAGAUGACUCCUCCUAUUUCCCCUUGGAGUCGGACGAGCUCUCCACACCGCUAGCAGAUGUCCCAACCUUCACCAGGCUCAUGACAGGAAUGAACUCGGUGAAUGGCGGCAGCGCAGGUCCCAUCCAGGGCUUCUUUCGCUCGGACACGUCCUACCACCAGCCUCUUAAACUUCACGAGUAUGCCGACCCAGAGUUGCGCCCCACCACUUCGCCAGUGGCACCCCUCGCCGAGUCGUGCCAGUUGUACAACCUGAAUUUCCCUGCGCAGCCCAGCCCAAACUCUGACGGCAAGCUUGUUAGCGAUAACUUAGUGGUCGACAGCAGUGAAUGUCGAAGCCACCGGAGCGAUAGCAGCAGCAACAUGACUCUGAACGGUAGUCACACCAACUCAGACGACGCAGACUCUUGUUUACGACGAGACAACCCCCUCACAGAAUAUUCCGAGGCGGAAAAAACGCCUAGACAGGACAUACAAGAAGACGUGGAUAAGUUCAGGAACGCGGCCAGUGGCUGGCUGUGCGCUAAAGCUGGCCGGAAGAAGCGCUGCCCUUACACCAAACACCAGACCCUGGAGCUGGAGAAGGAGUUCCUCUUUAAUAUGUACCUGACUCGCGAGCGCCGCCUGGAGAUCAGUCGGAGUGUUAACCUCACCGACCGACAAGUGAAAAUCUGGUUUCAGAAUCGCCGAAUGAAGCAGAAAAAGAUGUCGCGGGAGCACAGGACCAGGGACAUCCCAUCCCAUUUCCCCAUCUAAGCAGUCUUGCAGGCCCUCUCCUCGGAGCUAGUCCUCCCUGCUAACACGUAGUCCGUUUGAAGCGCACACAUUAUAGAGGCGAUGCAGUGUGAUGCAGCAUCUGAGCUAGUGAGAACGCCACAUGCUUUGGUGGAUAGCAGCCAAGGAUUCACAACAAGGAGGAUGGAACGGCUGAAAUGACACGAAAGGGGGAUCCAGCGCACGUGCAUGGAGGCAGCCCAAGAAUCUGAGCCCUGACUCCAUCUGACUGGACCUGAACAUUUAUUUCAAUAGAAUAUUUAAGAAGAAUGUCAUUGUUUUGUCUUUAACUCGUUUAUUCAACAGCAUCUUACAAAAUGCACUUUAUGUCCUACUGCAACAAAAUAUGAGUUGAUCCAUCUUUCAUGUUGGGCACAUAGAUGGGACGUAGCCUAUUCCUCUGUGGAGCCGCCAGAAAAUGCCUUUGAUAUGAAGAUUGUGCUGUUUACAAUCUCUGGCGUUUGGACACACUUAAAAAGGAAUUAAUUUAUCACGUGAGCACUAUUUUAUUUAUUCGCAAAUGCAUGCUCAACCUAGAUGUAUUGGUAAGCUAAACGCUUACGUCAACAAGGAGCACAACGUGUUAAAGCCUGUAAGAGUUUUAUAAGCAAUGUAAUGUUUAAGGAAGUCUUCAGAGUUUCACUUCUGAAUACAUCAGUAUUUAGUAGAGUCUUGGUGAAUUUUGCUGUACAUUUUGGGUCAGCGAGUUGUGUUCUUUAGGGAGCAUGAUUGAAUGUAUUUCUAUGUUUGUGGUAGCUAGUCUUGUCUUGUGUUUUUUAUCCGUGCAUUUUGAAUAAAUAAUUCUACAUUUCCUGGACACAGCAGCUAUACUUUUAA